AUGUUGGCGAGAGUUAUUCUGUGCGUUUUAUGGAUUCUAACCGUAUGUUACAUAGUCCAAGCAAGUAUGGCGCUUGAUGAUAGAGCAGCAUUUCUCCAAGCAAUGUCCAGUAACCCCAAACUGUUGGCACAUCUCAUAGAUCGAUUCGGUCCUGACUUUUUGGAUCAAGUUCCUGGAAGGCUUGUGAAUCUCCAACGUCUUGGGAAGCGAUAA